AGCACCAUGGCGGAGACCAACAAUGAAUGCAGCAUCAAGGUGCUCUGUCGAUUCAGACCCCUGAACCAGUCGGAGAUUCUGCGGGGUGACAAAUUUAUCCCCCUUUUCCAAGGGGACGACAGCGUCAUUAUUGGGGGAAAGCCAUAUGUGUUUGAUCGAGUAUUCCCUCCGAACACAACACAGGAACAAGUUUAUCAUGCAUGUGCCAUGCAGAUUGUUAAAGAUGUUCUUGCUGGUUACAAUGGCACCAUUUUUGCUUAUGGACAGACAUCUUCAGGAAAGACACACACUAUGGAGGGGAAGUUGCAUGACCCUCAGCUGAUGGGAAUCAUUCCUCGAAUUGCCCGUGACAUCUUCAAUCAUAUCUACUCCAUGGAUGAGAACCUUGAGUUCCACAUCAAGGUUUCUUACUUUGAGAUUUAUCUGGAUAAAAUUCGUGACCUGCUGGAUGUGACCAAGACAAACCUAUCUGUGCAUGAAGAUAAGAACCGGGUCCCAUUUGUCAAGGGUUGUACUGAGCGCUUUGUGUCUAGCCCAGAAGAAAUUCUAGAUGUGAUUGAUGAGGGGAAAUCAAACCGUCAUGUGGCAGUCACUAACAUGAAUGAGCACAGCUCCCGAAGCCACAGCAUUUUUCUCAUCAACAUUAAGCAGGAAAACGUGGAGACUGAGCAAAAGCUUAGUGGGAAGCUCUAUCUAGUGGACCUGGCAGGAAGUGAGAAGGUCAGCAAAACAGGGGCAGAGGGAGCCGUGUUGGAUGAAGCAAAGAAUAUCAAUAAAUCCUUGUCGGCAUUGGGGAAUGUGAUCUCUGCCCUGGCUGAAGGCACAAAAAGCUACGUUCCGUAUCGUGACAGCAAAAUGACUAGGAUCCUUCAGGACUCUUUGGGAGGGAACUGCCGGACAACGAUGUUUAUCUGCUGCUCUCCAUCCAGUUACAAUGAUGCUGAGACCAAAUCUACUCUUAUGUUUGGGCAAAGGGCAAAGACCAUCAAGAACACUGCUUCAGUGAAUCUGGAACUGACUGCUGAACAGUGGAAGAAGAAAUAUGAGAAAGAGAAGGAGAAGACGAAGGCACAGAAAGAGACCAUUGCCAAGCUGGAAGCUGAGCUAAGCCGGUGGCGAAAUGGGGAGAAUGUGCCUGAGACCGAGCGUCUAGGUGGGGAAGAAUCAACCCCUGGAGGGGAGCUUUGUGAGGAGACACCAGUGAAUGACAACUCAUCCAUUGUGGUUCGAAUUGCACCUGAAGAAAGACAGAAAUAUGAAGAGGAGAUAAGACGUCUCUACAAGCAGCUAGACGAUAAGGAUGAUGAAAUUAAUCAACAGAGUCAACUGAUGGAAAAACUUAAGCAACAAAUGUUGGACCAGGAAGAGCUGUUGGUGUCCACACGAGGUGACAAUGAGAAGGUUCAGCAGGAGCUGAGUCAUCUGCAGUCAGAGAAUGAUGCAGCCAAGGAUGAAGUAAAGGAGGUGUUGCAGGCAUUAGAAGAACUGGCAGUCAACUAUGAUCAAAAAUCACAGGAAGUUGAGGAAAAGAGUCAGCAGAACCAGCUGCUGAUGGAUGAACUGUCCCAAAAGGUGGCUACCAUGCUGUCCCUGGAGUCUGAGCUGCAAAGGCUACAAGAAGUCAGUGGUCACCAGCGAAAGAGAAUCGCUGAGGUCUUGAAUGGGUUGAUGAAGGACCUAAGUGAAUUCAGCGUCAUUGUGGGCAAUGGGGAGAUCAAGCUGCCGGUGGAAAUAAGCGGAGCCAUUGAGGAGGAAUUCACAGUGGCCCGACUCUAUAUCAGUAAGAUCAAGUCAGAAGUCAAGUCUGUGGUUAAGCGGUGCCGGCAACUAGAGAAUUUGCAGGUUGAAUGUCACCGAAAAAUGGAGGUGACUGGGCGAGAACUCUCUUCCUGUCAACUGCUUAUUUCCCAGCAUGAGGCCAAGAUCCGCUCCCUGACUGAGUACAUGCAGAGCGUGGAGUUGAAGAAAAGGCAUCUCGAAGAGUCCUAUGAUGCCCUGAGUGAUGAGCUUGCUAAAUUACAGGCUCAGGAAACCGUGAAUGAAGUAGCCUUGAAGGACAAGGAACCAGACACACAGGAUGCUGAUGAGGUGAAGAAGGCACUGGAACUACAGAUGGAAAACCAUCGUGAGGCCCAUCAUCGGCAGCUGGCCCGGCUUCGGGAUGAAAUCAAUGAGAAGCAGAAAAUCAUUGAUGAGCUUAAAGACCUAAAUCAGAAGCUUCAGCUGGAGUUAGAAAAACUGCAGGCUGACUAUGAAAAGCUAAAAAGUGAGGAGCAUGAGAAGAGCAUUAAACUACAGGAGCUGACAUUUCUCUAUGAGCGACACGAGCAGUCCAAGCAGGACCUCAAAGGGCUGGAGGAGACUGUUGCCCGGGAACUCCAGACCCUCCACAACCUUCGCAAGCUGUUCGUUCAAGACGUCACGACUCGAGUCAAGAAAAGUGCAGAAAUGGAACCCGAGGACAGUGGGGGGAUUCACUCCCAGAAACAGAAGAUUUCCUUUCUUGAGAACAACCUGGAACAGCUUACAAAGGUUCACAAACAGCUGGUUCGUGACAAUGCAGAUCUGCGCUGCGAGCUUCCUAAACUGGAGAAACGACUUCGGGCUACGGCUGAGAGAGUUAAGGCCCUGGAGGGCGCACUGAAGGAAGCCAAGGAAGGCGCCAUGAAAGAUAAGCGCAGAUACCAGCAGGAGGUAGACAGAAUCAAGGAAGCUGUGCGCUACAAGAAUGCUGGCAAGCGAAACCAUUCUGCUCAGAUUGCCAAACCAGUCCGGCCUGGCCACUACCCAGUGUCUUCACCCACCAAUCCCUAUGGCACCAGGAGCCCUGAAUGCAUCAGCUACACAAACAAUCUCUUCCAGAACUACCAGAAUCUGUACCUGCAGGCUGCACCUAGUGCUACUUCUGACAUGUACUUUGGCAACUCCUUUGCCAGCAGUGGAACUUCUUCCUCCAGUGGCAAUCUGGCUUCCUACCAGAAGCUAAAUAUGGAUAAUGGAAAUGCCACCGACAUCAAUGAUAAUAGGAGUGACCUGCCCUGUGGCUGUGAAGCUGAUGACCAGGCUAAGGUUUUCCCCCUUCAUCAAGAGACAGCAGCCAGCUAAUCCUCCCCCAUGAACUGAUGGAUAUCUGCACUUUGAGUUUCUAAGAGGGAUUGAGGCCUCUCCUCUCAGCAUGCUGCAAACCUGUGGUCUCUGAUACUAACCCCUCCCCCCAAUCUUCGUUGUUCAACUGUAUCAUGUUUAAUGUCUUUCUCUUGUUCUCUGUAUAUCUCUGUGUACUGUAUAUCAAAACUGCUGCUAUGUCUUUUUUUUUCCACUGUCUUACUCUAGAAGGUAUCUAAUGAUGUAUCUAGCAACUUUUUUAUGCAUAGCCUACCCCACUCACUUGGGAUAGUAAGGAGGAAGGUGAAGGUUUCUUCUCUCUCAUGUAUUUGUCUUUCACAAUGAGUGGUAUUAAUCACUGAGUUGGGGUCACUGGUAAAGGGGUCAAAUGGUAAGAAGGAAUUAAGGAAGCUAGGGGCCCAUGGCCUUUCUUAUUUAAAAACAAAGCCUUAAGUUGAAGAAUGUUUUGGCUUUAUAAAUCACACAAACACUUCCUUUCCACAUAGAUUUGUUGAGUAGGGAUGGCUAGAAUUCCUAUCCUCUGAGGAUUCCAGAUAUUUACCUCUGUCCUCCAAAAUCUGUCUCUUUCCCUCUUAUUAUUCUCUGGGCACUAUAAACAUGGGUGGCUGAAGCCACUAUCUCUCUUUCACUUUUGCCCUUUGUACAUGCUACCCCAUAGUUUAUGCCCAC